GUUGAUUUCAAGGUUGGAAGUGAAACAUCUAUCAAAGCUCUUAAGGCUGCAACCAAAUUAAAGGGAUGCGGUCAAUUUCUGCUUUUUCGUAAUUACUACACCAUAGAUCAAAUCAAGCUCGAAAAAUUCCACGUAUGCGGACAGCAUUUGCUAUGUCCAAUGUGUGCUGGUAUUCGUGCUGCCCGUUCAAUGAAUCGGUAUAUUCAACGCAUCGAAGAAAUAAUGCGUCAGAAUCGCAAGCUAAAGCCCGUAUUGAUCACUUUGACCGUUAAGAACGGUGAAGACCUACAGGAACGCUUUGAACACCUCACAGGCUCAUUUAAGACGCUUUUACAGCGUUACCGUGAUUUUAAGAAAAAGGGUCGAGGGUUUAAUCAAUUUUGCAAAAUUGAUGGCGGUUUUUAUACGACCGAAUACACCUACAACGAAACAACCAAACAAUGGCAUCCGCAUAUUCAUAUUUUUGCGUUAUUGACUGACUGGAUUGACCAGGAGGAACUAGCAGAAACUUGGCACGAUAUAACGCUUGAUUCAUACAUUGUGGACAUCCGCAGGGUCAAAAAAACUAAAGAACACGGAUAUGCAAAGGCUGUUGCCGAAGUCUGCAAAUACGCUCUUAAGUUUAGCGAUCUAUCCACUGAGAAAACCUUUCAAGCAUUUUUGACCCUUAAGGGCAAAAGGCUUACAGGUUCAUUCGGCUCUAUGCAUGGUGUAAAAAUUCCUGAAAGCGGACCCGAUGAAAUGCCUAAAGAGGAACUUCCAUAUCUUGAGCUGCUCUAUCGUUUCGUUUUUGGUGAAAGGUCUUAUUACAACCUAGAGUUAACUAAGGACGUAAAGCCGAACAAAAGGAAUGAGGAAGGAUGA